ACAUCGACGAGUGUGCCAAGGGUGACGUGUGCGGGGACGGUGGCACCUGCUCCAACGUGCCGGGCCACUACAAGUGCGAGUGCCACCCGGGCUACCGGCGCAAGGGCUCGCGGCCACCGCUCUGCGAAGACAUCAACGAGUGCCUGGACGCGGGGACGUGCCCCGACUCCAAGUGCGAGAACCACCCGGGGGGCUUCGUGUGCACCCCCUGCCCCCCCGGCUUCCGCGGCCUCAACGGCGCCUGCCUCGGUCAGCACCCCCGGGACCCCCCCCAAACCACUGCGACCCCCCCCAAAAUCCACCUGGGAUCCCCCAAACCCCCCCGGGACGGGGGGACGGGAGCCACCGUCGGGGUACAGGGGCCACUGCGGGGACACGCGGGAGUGGGGACACCGUGGGGACACCACAUCGACGAGUGUGCCAAGGGUGACGUGUGCGGGGACGGUGGCACCUGCUCCAACGUGCCGGGCCACUACAAGUGCGAGUGCCACCCGGGCUACCGGCGCAAGGGCUCGCGGCCACCGCUCUGCGAAGACAUCAACGAGUGCCUGGACGCGGGGACGUGCCCCGACUCCAAGUGCGAGAACCACCCGGGGGGCUUCGUGUGCACCCCCUGCCCCCCCGGCUUCCGCGGCCUCAACGGCGCCUGCCUCGGUCAGCACCCCCGGGACCCCCCCCAAACCACUUCCCCGAUGUCCCCAAUGUCCCCCUGCCACCCCCCAGACAUCAACGAGUGCCUGGACGCGGGGACGUGCCCCGACUCCAAGUGCGAGAACCACCCGGGGGGCUUCGUGUGCACCCCCUGCCCCCCCGGCUUCCGCGGCCUCAACGGCGCCUGCCUCGCCGAGUUCGUGGCGCUCUGUCCCGACGGGAGGGGCUUCAUCCAGGACGACAACGGCCUCGACUACGGGGUCCCCGCCCACCGCG